AGAGGAGCGAGCAUAGGAGGGUAUCGGCAUCAUCCUGUAAUGUCGGGCGAGAGGGCAAAACUGGUUGGUCUCGGGCUUGUUCUUGCGGUCAUCGCCCGUUCAUACAUCAAAAGUGAUGUUUUCACGCAUGGCGUCAUGAUGAGUUCUACUGCCCGGUUUUUCGAAGACAACUUGUGUGAGGGACGGCAGCCGGCAGACCGGGAUGACUGCAAAGCCACGCUGGCGACGGUGCUUGCUCCUGCGAAGCUCUCUUGCAUGUCUGCUUUUCACGACUUCGUCCUUUGCCAACACCCCGCCGAGGGUGGUGGUGAUGGAAACAAGCGGCGCUGCCAGAAGGAGCAGCAGAAACGCUUCGAGUGCUUGCAGGCACACUUGAGACCCCACGGUUUCAGUGACGAGGAGAUCAUUCGGCUCCUCUACAAGACUCAGCAGCAGCCACCCCCGCAAUCAAAACCGUCCGUGGAGGUUUCAGACCACGUCAGGGAAGGAGACGAGAAGGCAAAGGUCAAUGAGAAGCCGGGCGAGGGUGAAAACGCGGGGGGCAAGGGUGUGAACCGUGGAGACGAGACUGUUGUAGAAAAAGGAGGGCCAAAGGUGGAGGAAGAACAUGAGCCGAAACAAGGCGGGGGCGGCGCGCGAUAGCGCGUGUAGAGCGCAGCUGUGGAGACUUCCCCGAGUUAACGUGUGUGUAUAGAGUCCCGCGUAAGCAGUAUAUCGAUGUGUCGUGUCCGUGUUGCGUAUGCAUGUCGCAUAAUCGACCACCUUCUCACACAUUUUGAAAGGUUUGUUGUAUCGGGAUGACAACCUCGCAAACACUUGCACAAGGGAUGUGUCUAUUCAAAGCAGUGCUUCCGUCUGACGCAUGGCAUACAGACGACUUACACGGCGUCUUUGUGUUUCGCGAAUCUUCGUGUAUCGCGCUGACUGUCACUACACGAAAAGAAAUGAUCAAC